CUAUCGCACGAUCUCCCCCUCCUGCUUCAUGUGCUCCACCUCCCCGUUGCACUGUGGGCACCGCAGCGGCUCGCCCGUCUGCUUUGCCCGGCCACACCAGCCCUCCUUGCAUGGGUGGCACAGGCAGAUGUGCAGACAGGGGAAGAACCGCCAUACGGCAUAGGUGUCGUUACCACACACCAGACACUUCGGCUGGCUGAGGUGGCGGGCUUGCUUGGUCGCCGCUGCGAAGAUCUGAGCUAGGUUGGUCUGCUGCUGCGUCGCCAUGGCCAUGAAGGCGUCCAGCUCCUCGGUGCUCUGAGUCUCCAGCAACGCAUCCACCGUCAGACUGACACGACAGACACCACGAUUACAACACAUGCACAGUGAGUGGGUGUGUGGGGCACUCGUUGCUGCUCACUUGGGUCGUUUCUUGACUUCGUUCCGGAGUGCAUCGAUCUGCCCGAUCUGGGCGGCGUAGCUGUCGCGCUCAUCCUGACGACGCUGACACUCAUCUACCAACCUGCACACACAUGGCACCGAGGACAGAGGGAUUCUGUGGCGGGUGACUGAUUCGGUGUCCCUCUCAUCUCCCUUUCCACUCACCGGUCGAUCUUGGCCUGCAUUUGCUCUACUUGCAUGCGAUGGACAGCCGCCUCCUGCUCCAGCUGGGCAGACACACUGCACACACCGCAUCAUAAUGAACACCGAGACAUCUGUGAAAGCUGGUGGAUGUGGAUGUCCAUGUCACUCAGGCGACUGACCGACCUCGGGGGCUGCUCCUGGCGUUGCAGCAGUUGGUGACGCAGCUGGGCCCGCAAGCUGAAGCCAAAACACGUCCCACUCACACACACAUGGAUCUGCCGGCGCACACAGCCGUGAUGGGUCCUACCGCUGGAUGUCUUCAUCCCGUUGCUGGCACAACGCCUGCUGCUGCUGCAGCCGCCCGGUCAACCUGCACACAAAAGAGGGCGGAAUAUGGAUGGAUGAUGGUGCGAUCAUGUGUGGGACCGAUUCCACUGACCCCUGUAUGGUGAACUCCUGCUCGCGUAUGUGCUGGCCGUGCACCGCCUCGACAGAUCGCAACCUGACAGUGGAUGAAGAGGCAGACACGUGUGUAAGGAUGGGUCAGGUCCCCGUUCCCUGUGUGGCGUGGUUGUCUGACUUACUUGUCCUCCUGUGCGGCAAGGGCAUCCCUGAGGGCCUCCUCAACCGCACGCACACGUUUCUCGCACUCCACCUUGGCCUCACGCAACCUACACCCAUUGAUGCAUCCAUGACCAUGACGGAGCAUGUGUGUUGCCAGCCUCUUGUUUGGUGUGGAUUGAUGGGUGGAUGGAUGGAUGGAUGGAGCGUGCCUGCUUGUCUAUCUCGCCCUGCAGCUCAGACACCACCCUGCACACAAAACAGAGAGACAAAGCACCUUUUAAAUGCACUGCCCAGCCCGUCAGCCCCACGUGCAUGUGUGGCCUUUCUGUACCUCUCGUGCAGAGCCCGCGAGACGCCGCCCAUGGCCUCUGUCUGGCCGACCUUGGGAGGCGUUUGGUGCUCGCGUGUCGACUCCGAUGCCUUGGACGCACACCGCCCCUUGCUGGUGGGGAGGGGGCUGGCCUUCUCGGGCUUGGCAGAUGGCUUGGUGGUGUCGGUAGAGCGGGUGUCGGUGGGGGUGAGGGCAGCGAAGGGGUUGUUGAGGAGGGGACUGUCAGACGAGAUGUCGUCUUCAUCAUCAGCAGCAGACACACCCGGUGGGCUGGUCUCCUCCCCGCCGCCGCCCUCCUUACUCCCUCCCUCGCCGCCCCCCACACCACCGUCGCCACCAGCGUGGCCCUUGGGUCUUUUUGGUGUUGUUGUGUUUCUUCCGGCCCCCCGUCCUGCCAGACUUGGCCUUGGCCGCCGCCUGGCGGGCUCGCUCGUCCUUCUCCUUCUCCCUGGCCUCCUCUGCGAUGAGCCUCUGCAUCAUCCGCUCCGCCUCCUUCUCCUUGAUGCGCAUGGCGGCCGCGCCGUCCUCCUGCUGCUGCUGCUCACGCUGGCUGCUGUGGGAUGGUUGGUGACUGUUCUUCUUUCUCCUGGCUGCUGCUGCUGCUUGAGCCGCGUGCACCCCCCUGAGUCACAUACAACCAAAGGCAAGAUGAGGGACUCAGCCAAAGUGUGUGUGCUAUGUCGGUGAAGGGAGAGGUUACUGCAAGGGCAAGAAUCGGUAAGGGAUGUUGGGGUCGUCAGGGCACUCCUCCACAAUCAUGUCCGAUCCCAGCACAAGGACAUACGGAUGGGGCAGCUCCAGGAUGUUCAGUCUCUGCUGGAUGACAUUGGACACAGAGCUCGCCUCGAGGACAUCGCUACAACUGCUCAACACAUACACCUGAGAGAGACAAGGCGACAGAGUAGACAGAGGAGCCGAGUUGAGACGUGAUGUGCUGUGCUGUGCUCGCAGACAUACCAUUCCUGUCUCCAUUUGAGUGAUUACUGAGGGCCCGUUCAGAUCCACACCUGGAACCAAGCCAGCUAUCGCCCCCUAUUUACACACACGCGCAGAGAGAGAGAGAGGGAGAGAUCCAAGCAUAGAUUCCCCGCCCCCACGCGCAUACAUGUUGGUCGAUGAGGCCGAGGAUGAGGGUGGCCUUGGUGCUCCCACUGAAAGGAAUGCCGACCCGACAAACGCACAGUCCGUAAGCGAUCUUUGGUAGUUCUUUCUUACACGGAGUCUCGCACAUAGACGACUCCCAUCAUUCGUGCUUUGACGCUGGUUUUGCUCAGGUCUAUGCCGGGCUUGAGCUCGUUGGUGCCAACCACACGACGACCGCUGCAUCCAUCCAUCCAUCCAUCCAUCCACACACACACGUGUGCGUGUGCAUGGCUUCCGUCACUGCCCACUUGCUACGUAUGCAGCAACGGGAGCCAGCUGCCACUGCCACUAGCUCCUCAGGAGUCCUUACGAAAGGCAUGCAGACAGACAGGGGCACAGACACAUCAACCAGACAAUCCACGGUGCUGGCCGCUGCACGUACCCCUCACUUACGGCAAAUGAGGAAUGGCGGGGUCGUCGGGGCACUCCUGGAUGGCCGAGAAGGAAGGGAACGCCACCACGUGGUGGUUCGUCAUACCUUUCAUCUCAGCGCUGGAUGGAUAGAUUGAACAGUGAGUGAUGACACACCCACACACCAGACACACAGCGCCACACCUUACCUUGUGUCAGGACAAACGAAGCCUCCAUUGAACGCAUACACCUACAAAUCCCCGACACACACACUGUGCCUGCCUGCCCGCCCGCCUGCCUGCCUGACAUAGAGCCCUUACCUUGCCAGUCUGCACGCCAAAUGAGGUGGGAAUUGUGGCCAAGAUGCUGCUGCCCUGUGCGUCGUUGAUCACGACGAGCGACUCUUUACCCGAGUCGCCAACGGGAGCCCUGAAAUGGGACAUAAUCCAUAUGUAUGGAUGUGCAUCUGUAGUUGGUUACUCCCUGCUUUGCGUACUUACACGGCAGUGACGCGGCCCCUGAUGGCGCAUUCGAAGUCCUUGCAGCCCGAAUGCACCUCAGAGAUGGGCACAAACCUGACCAGAUGAACAAAUAGAUGACACACAGGCAAUGUACCGCCCGGUGAGUGAGCCAUCUCACACGCCCUACCUGUCCUUGCUGGACGCAGAGGUCCCCCCACGGCCUCCACUGGUCCCUUGAGCGGUGAACGGCACCUUGCCGCACCCACGUGCUUCGUCGCCCACGUCCUGCCCUCCCGCCACCUCACUUGCUGCCGACGACCUACGCGGAUCGUGAAGGGGUGAGAAGGAACCAUAGGCAAAUACAUAUCCACCACAUCCCCCCACCCCUCCCCCUCCCUACCUGUAUGUGUUGCCUGUCGCUGCACUGGCAGCGCCGCUGCUACUGCUACUGCUCCUGCUGCUGCUGCUGGUGGUGGUGCUGGUAGUAGUGGCGGUGCUGCUUGCUGCCCCGUUGGUCUGUUUGGCGGUGUAGGAGGGGGUGGGUGUGGGUGUGGGGGAGGGGGUAUUGGUGUCGGGGGUGAAGUUGGAUGCGAAGUCCGGGAUGAACAUGCCGCCGAUCUGGACACUGGUCAUGACGUUGCCCAUGUUGGAAGAGUUGAGCGAAUUGAGUAACUGCUGCACCUCACCCAGGUCGCUACUGGCCACACACACACACACGUGCAAACACGUUCGUGCAUUCCUGCACAAGGGUGUGUGUACCUGACUGACGGGAAUAGAAACUGAGCUUUCGGCAUGGCUGGGUCGUCGUCACACACGGAGAUCUUGCUGCCGGCACCAAACAGCAGCACACACCGGUGCGAGCACGUCCCCCGCCACGCCUUCAGCUGGGGAACACUGCAAAGAGCGCCAAAAUUGGUGGGGUGCGCCAGAUGGAACGACACACAGACAGACAUACAUGAGCGCAUGUGCGUUAGCCACCCCCCCCCUACACACCUGUCCGAGGGCAGCCCGUUGCCUCCUUCCAUCCGGUACACCUGCACCACACAAAGUGGUGUUGUGUUUGCACACACGGCAAUUAUGUUAAUGUGUGUGUCUGGUGGAUGGCACGGCUCGCUGUAGUGACUGACCUUGCCCGCGGCUCCGUCAAACGUACUCGGCAGCAGCACCGGGAUGGUGUUCUGGACAGAGGCGUGCCAACGAGUCGUUAGUUGCUUAGAUGCAUUCCUCCCUCCGUCCGUUGCCACACGUCAAUAGGUGUGUGUGCUGACUUACAUGGCCGUCUCCAAUCAUCCAGGCAGCGUGUGCGGGAUAGCCCUCAACAGACGAACACAGCCUGACAUAUAUUCACAAGAGAGAAUGACCAUCGACGCAGUGUGGUGGUUUGGGUGUGAUCAGCGAGCGGCCCUGACGGCUUACUUGAAGAGAAGUCGCGCCUUGACGGCGAUGUCAGCCGCGCCGGGGACAAUGUCGCUGAUACGAACCACACGGCUUUAAACACCACACACACAUAGAUAGAUACCCACUCACUCCCACAUGUGGAUGUUGCAGAGGCGAUUGCUUCAUCCCUCACCGCUGCUGCGUCGGUGCGCUGCCGACGCGUUCGUACUCCUGUAUGUCCAGCACGUCAGAGCCCACCGAGCUGCACACACGAUACAUACGCACACACAUGGAUACAUACCAUCGACAGACAGAAUGUCACGCGUCCGUGUGCUGUGCGGUGAUCUUCUUCCUUCUCGCACAACAUGCAUUGCAUCUCACAAUUGUUUGGUGCACUUGGUGACACGUAUGAUGUCGCGCUUCUUGACCGGGCCACACUUGUCCACCACAGCCUGCCGCAACCGAGCAGCGACCGAGUCUGAGCCGUCCGGCCGGUCACUCACACGCACAUCCCUACACCUGCAGCGACAAACGGACCUCUUGAGCGAUCCGAUGGCUGGUGCAUGAUUUGAUGGCCUCCUUCCAUACCAUACCGUUGGGCCCGACACAU